CCUCGGCUCUCACUCGUCACCCAUCCCAUCCCAUCCCAUCUCUUCUCUCUCUCCCCAUCCAUUAAUCAGCUUGCUUCUCUCUCUAGCUCCCUGUCUCUUCCAGACCAAGUCCUAGGAAUAGCACAGCACAACGACUCACACCACCACCCCCACCGCUACCGCUGCGCCGUAGCUACCAAGCUCAGUGCGCCUCGCGCGUGUACCACUUGACACACUUGACGAGGCGUGCAGGGUUCGCAAGGAGCAGCGCGCAGGCAGGAGCACGCAUGUUUCCGGCAGAGGUCUCGGCGCUCGGGGGCGCCGGCGCGGCGCGGCAGGGCGAGGGCGGUGCCGUCCUGCCGAUGCUGCCGCCCUUCUUCAUGGGCUCCAUCUGGCCCGCAGGCGCCGGUGCUGCCGGCACCUGCCCCGAGGAGGACGAGACCGCGGCGGCAGCUGCGGCGGCCGCCGCGCAUGACCGCGCGCUGGCCGCGUCGCGCAACCACCGCGAGGCCGAGAAGCGCCGGCGCGAGCGCAUCAAGUCGCACCUCGACCGCCUCCGCAACGUCCUCGCCUGCGAUCCCAAGAUAGACAAGGCGUCGCUGCUGGCGAAGGCGGUGGAGAGGGUGCGUGACCUGAAGCAGCGGGUGGCCAGCGUCGGCGAGGCGGCGCCGGCGCACCUGUUCCCGACGGAGCACGACGAGAUCGUGGUGCUCGCCUCGGGCGGCGCCGUGUUCGAGGCCUCCGUGUGCUGCGACGACCGCUCCGACCUUCUCCCGGAGCUCAUCGAGACGCUGCGCGCGCUCCGCCUUCGCACGCUCCGCGCCGAGAUGGCCACACUUGGCGGCCGCGUCCGCAACGUGCUCAUCCUGGCGCGCGACGCCGCGGGUGACGACGUCGGUGGCGGUGUCACGGGAGAUGACGGGUACGGCCGUGCUGACUCGGCCGGUUCCUCCGACGGCAACGGCGGUGACUCCCUGAAGGAAGCCCUGAGGGCUCUGGUGGAGCGGCCGGGGGCCGCAGGCGGCGACCGGCCGAAGAGGCGACGUGUCUCGGGCAUGAAUAUGCAAGCGACAGCCUAGCAAGCCGGCGGCCGGCUGAUCAUCGGCCGUAGCCCAAACAGCUAAUUGCAUGUUCAUGUCAUGGUACUAGCUCCAGCGAUCUCCAUGUUAACUAGUUUUGUGUGCUCAUGAGUUGCUAGCUCUCUACAUGCAUGGCUCUUCUUGAGAUUCCAUUAGGAAAAAUUAUAGUAUAAUGCUACUAUUAGGGUUUGCUUCAGCUUGAAUCAAUGUUGUUCCAAAGCCAUUGCAAACCCACCCUUAAAAUAACCAGAGUCAGGCAGCCCAAUGCGAAGUUGCAGGCUUGUUACCCUACCAAUUAAGCACAAUAUAUAUCAAUAUCUGAAGCUGAAUAGGAUGAUCUCAAGAUUUUUCCAUUCUCAAGCAAGUUCAAGCAACAUCUGCAUAUGUCCAUUUUUGCAUUCUCAGGUCAUGCAGCUCAGGUCCUGUUCAUCAUUCAAGAUGUUUGUACCAAAUGCAUGCAAGAUCCAGCUAGCUUCAUGCAUGUCUUGUACUACUACUCUUGUGAAUAGCUUGUGAGUGAUUGGAACUUGGAACGAAUGAUCUGGUCUUGUCUGAAUGGGGAUGAUGGGAGGAGCUAGGAACAGCCAAUGAUUUCUUGUGGGUGCAGUGCACAGUGUGGCAUGCAGUGAGCUCUCAUGACACAUGAGUGCAUGCAUGCAUGAAUGGAGCUGAUCUUGCUAGGAUGUAGAGGAGUAGUAUAUGCUGCUGCCACUGUCUGUCUGGGGAAAGGGGGGAAGAUGAUGAGCUUUUGUUUCUUGCUGGUUCCCUUUUGUAAUCUUGCGUAGCUCCUCUUUGCUUUUGGAGAUGGAGGAGGAGAUCUCCAUGUCAGGGCUAGCUACUGUGCUGAGCUAUGGCCUUGCCUCUCUCUGUGGCAAAAGCCAGGAUGGCACUUGGUGCGGACAAAAGGAGGUUGUGUGUAUGUGACUUCACCUUGGAACAAGAGGGCACUGCUGUGAUGUGCUUUCUGCCCACACCAGCUGGUUGCUGUUGCUUGCAAUGGCAAUUCAAUUUGCUCUUUCACA